CAAACUUUUUACAUGAUUGUGUUGGUUUGCUGAAAUAAUAAACUCAUUGUGAAAAAUUUUUUGUUUAACAACAAUUGUGCUCUAAUAAUUGUUAGUAUCAAUAAUAUUAUAAUAUUAUUAUAAUAAAAAUAAGUUAUAUUUAUUGUUGAUAAACUAGUUUGUUUUUGGGUAUCAGCAAAGCAAAAUAUCCUGAUGGUAUACCAGCAAAUAAACCUGUAGCAACUCUAACAAAAAGUUUUUUUUCCAGGAAUAAGAAAAGCAGUUCUCUAACGAUGUCAAGAGUAGGAAUUUCUUCUGACUAUAGUGAAGAUGAUGCUGAUACACGAAGUAUAGGUCGUGGAAGAGGCUAUAAAUUAGGUAUAAAAGCUCGACGACUGAAUUCUUUCGGACAUAAAAACACAAGCCUUUGUGAAAGUUCUAUUGGGAGAAUUCAGUCGGAGAUUUUAAAACUCGGGCCCCCUCUACCAAUCAUUAGUAGCGUCGAACAAGUUUCGAAACCAGUAAAUUUACUAGCACAACGUUCGAUAACACCAUUAGCUGGUAAGAAAAAUUUGAGGGAUAUUGUCUCAGACGAUGAGAGCAGCGAGGACACAAUAUCCUAUACAGAGGAUGUUGCCAACACAACUUCCUCUAAUCCAUUUCCACCUCUCCCAGUCCAAAAUAGGGAUGUGCUUCAGGUCCUGUAUGAUAUGGACAAAAGAAAUACAACAGUACUCAGCAACUUGACUCAAGCUUUUCAAGCUUUGAGUCAAACUCAAGCGUUGGGUGGGCUAACAGAAUUGCCAGACGGUAUGCCAUUCACCACACAUCAGGAUUUUAUUCGAUUCGAAGGAAGUGAUGACAACACAGUAAAACAAUUGAUUCGCUAUUUAGUGAGAUUAGGUGGUUCACCCGACAAACCACGAGAUAUCAUGAGAUACUUUUGGGAGAAAUGUUUCAACUUGGAUGGAAACAUACUAUCAAAACUUAUCUGGAAAAAAAGAUCAGGAUUUGAAGAUUCAGUUAUUUUAAAACAAUCAAAAUUUCUUGCUGCUUGCCAAAGAGCACUUGGGACCAUCUGUAAAAAAACUAUUACAGAUAAAGAAAUGGAUGUUUUUGCCCAAGCUGCUCUGAAAACAGCAAAAGUAAAAAAAAGAAAAAACGUAGAAGAAGAAGAAGAAGAAGAAGAAAAUCCAAGAAAAAAAACUAAUAAUGAAAACAUCAAUAUUGUCAAGUGAAUUUUUGUUUUUAUAAUAUAUAAAUUAUAUAUAUAUAUACAUAUUUAUAUAAAUUUAAUUUAAAUUAUUAUUA